GCGACGCUACAGUCGUCUCCCAGCCGCCCUCGCUCUCACAUCACCGCCAGACAUCCAUAGUUCAUCAGAAAUCAAAAGAAGCAGGCGAGGGAGUCAGGAAAUAUCGGGAAAGAGUCGUACCAAAGCUGUCCAGGUGCUUGGCGCGCAGGUGCCUCGUCUUCGAUUCAAUACCAUGGACAGCGCCCGCGAACUGACUGGAGGACGCUUGAACGCGGUUGGCUUCUGGCAGGUCUGGCAUCGCUUUGACGCGGAUGAAAAAGGUUACAUAGAAGAGAAGGAGCUUGAUGCUUUCUUUCACUACAUGUUGAUGAAAUUGGGUACUGAUAAUGCAGUCAUGGAAGAAAAUGUGCACAAGAUAAAACAGCAACUUAUGACUACCCAAGAUGUCUCUAAAGAUGGUCGCAUACAGAUGAAAGAGCUUGCCUGUAUGUUCUUGUCUGAGGAUGAAAACUUUCUUCUGCUCUUUCGCCGGGAAACCCCCUUGGACAGCAGUGUGGAGUUUAUGCAGAUUUGGCGAAAAUAUGAUGCUGACAGCAGUGGCUUUAUAUCAGCCGCUGAGCUUCGUAACUUCCUCCGAGAUCUCUUCCUUCACCACAAAAAGGCCAUUUCCGAGGCUAAGCUGGAAGAAUACACUGGCACCAUGAUGAGGAUCUUUGACAAAAACAAAGAUGGUCGGUUGGAUCUCAAUGAUUUGGCAAGGAUUCUGGCUCUUCAGGAGAACUUCCUUCUUCAAUUUAAAAUAGAUGCUUGUUCUACUGAAGAAAGGAAGAGGGACUUUGAGAAAAUCUUUGCCCACUAUGAUGUUAGUAAAACGGGAGCCCUAGAAGGCCCAGAAGUGGAUGGGUUUGUCAAAGACAUGAUGGAGCUUGUCCAGCCCAGCAUCAGUGGGGUGGACCUGGAUAAGUUCCGGGAGAUUCUCCUGCGUCACUGUGAUGUGAACAAGGAUGGAAAAAUUCAGAAGUCUGAGCUGGCUCUCUGUCUUGGGCUGAAAAUCAACCCAUAGUUCCCAGACUGCUUUGUCUUUUGCUUUUACUGUGUUUUUGUGCUCUUGAUGCUAGAAUUGUAUCUGUGCAUUGCUGUUUGGGACACAGUGUGCAAACUCUCACAAAUGGUGUGGUAUUCUUGGGCAACGGGAGGGGUGCUAGGGUCCUCCUUCCACUGGCAUGGAAUAUCCCUGCCUCACUGAAAGCCCCUCAUGCAGUGUCUGCAUUGUUUUCCCCUUGAUGCUGGAUUUUCCUGUUCCCGGAAAGACUCUCUGCUUGUCCUUUCCUGGCCACCAGUGGGGGAAGGGCAGCUGAGUCCAUCCAUCUUGUGCUUUUCCUGUGGGCUUUCUGUUGAGUCUGAAUGGUGUGUGGCUUUCAUGGCAAUUCUGUAAUGUCUACAAAUAGAUUUUUAUGUGGAAAUAAAUCUGCAGCUGGAAACAAA